GUGCAGUGUACGUGUGCACUACUUUGCUGUGUAUAGAAAGAAGCCGAGAUUAAAGGAAUUUCCCAAACACUUUUAAGACAAACAAUCCAUCCUUCCUUUACUUAUAUUCAUGCGUACAAGGAACGAUGAUUCCAGUUCUAAGAGUCACGGGGAUGGCAGAUCAGCAGCAGCAGCAACAACCCGGAGGAGGGGGGAGACCGAGCAGCACAAAGCGAGUGGAUUCACAGCAACAGCUACAAAGACAAGACUCUGGAUUUCUUUCUGGCGCUCCUACACCAGUCACUCCUUCGAGACCCGAGAUGAAUGCUAACCAACCGCAACAAGGAGGAGGACAAUCAGGAGGACAUUUAGUGCCAAGAGAUAGUUCGUUGCCUCCUAUACCGGAACGAUCUUCACCAGCAGGCCACCAAGAAAUGGCCUCGAUAUUAGAAAAGGUUAAAGAGCGGAUACAAGAAGAGGAUGAUGAAGAGGAACCCACGUCCAUACGUCCGUCCCGUCCCACGACCCUUUCUCCCCAUGCUCCGCCUCCAAAAGAAGAAAAGAACACUCCUCUAACUCCAGGAACAGUUCUACGGCAGUACAAUGAAAACCCAGGCCACCUACCGAAUCAUUUAAAGGAAUACAUUGAGAAACGGGCCGACGCAAUCGUCCAAGAAGUUGUACCCGAGACCCCGACCUCAGUUCAAGCUCUCCCUCGGCCCACUCAUGAUGUGCCCCGGGCAGAAUUACCUCAUCCUACGCCUCCCAUCGUCCAUCAGACUUCGCAAGAUAUAGUUUAUCCCAUAAACGAAAAAUAUCUUCAUCUUGGACCAGAUGGCAAUUAUUACGAGAUAAGGGAUUACGAUCGUGUCGAUAACGAGAUUCUUGGCGAAGGAGGCUUUGGGACGGUAUACGCCUGCAGCGAUCGUUACUACCAAACCAUGUUUGCCAUAAAAUGUAACAAACACAAUUCAGAAGAGAAGGUUCGGAAUAUGAACUUGGAGUGUCGUGUGUUAGAUCACAUUGGUCACCAUACCCACAUUACACAGCUGUUUGGUGCAAUGAUUGACAAGAAUGUCUCAGCCUGUGUGUACGAGGGGCAAAAGUUUAAAAUGUUGAUGGAACUAGCGACAAAUGGAAGUCUUGAUGAGCUGUUGUUUGAUCCAGACACCAAUGAGCCAUCUGGUCUUCCAUUUAACCAAUCUCUUUUCUAUCUCCAGCAGAUCCUGUACGCUGUCCACUUCCUUCAUCAAAGGGCUAUCCUCCAUCUUGAUUUAAAAUGUGCUAAUGUAUUACUGUUUAAUGAAGGACGGACUGUAAAGCUAACUGAUUUUGGGAGUGCUGUAAGAUUAGAUGAAUCUGGAGGCUGUCACAUACAAAGCAAUAAAGGAUUAACCCCCUACUUCUCUGCCCCAGAGGCUAUAAGAUGUGAAUACGUGUCCUUUAGUGCUGACAUUUGGAGUGUGUUGUGCUGCCUUGUGGAGAUGAUAACAGGCCACUUGCCGUGGUGCUAUAAUGGACUAAGAGACCCCCAUAACAUCAUAAUGCUGGCCGGCCAUUAUUGUGAUGCUGAGCCUUUGAAAUAUUUCCGUUGUCUUGUCCCGGAAGGAAUAGAGACGGAGGAUCCUAGGAUACUGGAGUUGUUCGAGAAGGUAUUUAAACGGAAUCCUAAGGACCGCCCAACUGCACUGAAGCUCCUUGAACAUGAGCUGAUUAAAGAUGCUCAUGAAUAUGAAAAAGAGUUUGACCAGUAUGAGGAUAUUGAUGGCGAAGUCUUGGCCCCGCCUGAAGCUGCCACGCCUACUUCUAAUGACAAAGUGGAAUCUAAUGCCAGUGGAGGUAGUAAGAAGUCUUCAAGAGCCUCAGUGGACAGUGGAAUGGACACAGAAAGAUCAUCAUCGAAUUCGUCGUCUCCAGGAUCAGCUACUGAACUAAUAGACAGUAAAGCAAGUUUUAGUAUAGGCACCCUGCCAGUACCAGGUGGUGCCAGUGACUGCCCUCCUCCUCCUCACCCUCCUUCCUCUUCCUCUAUCGGGGGACUAACCAGCUCUAGUGCUCCUCCUAACUUCAAUGGAGGCUGCUGGGAAGAUGAUAUUGAGAAAGAUGGACCUAAUAACAGAGUUCUGUCAAGAAAACUAAAGCGGACCACGUCAGCUAAUUAUGUAUCCAACGGACCAGAAGUUGACUCACCCGACGGCAAACAUAAAAAUCGAUCCUUUCCAGCGACAGCUGCUAAAAAUUCAACCGCCUCCUUCUCCUCUGCUUACUUUUCAUCCUCUUCUUCCAUGUCUUCUUCGAUCUCUUCUGCUGUUUAUCCCUUGAAUCAUGUUACCGUGGGAAUGGGAAUGGUCUCUGUAGGCACUCAGACGUCUCUGAGUCCAACGGUGGAGUCAAUGUCACCUCUUGGAUCAACUAUGUUGUUCACUUCAAGCGGCUACAGAUAAAGGAAAUGGAGCCUCCACUUGCCUCAGAGACUUAAUGUUAUAAAUAUUAUUCUUUUUUAAUGGAAACACUUGUGUAUAAAAAUUACAAUAGUGAUAUGUUACUGAACAAAUCAAUUGUACAUGUAUUCAUUUCCCUUUUCUCUUGAUCUUUUUUAAAACUUUUAUCUCUAUGACUAUUAUAUACUCUUCAUGAAUGACAAUAUGAAGGAUAAAACACUGUUCUUUAUAAUCUCUUUCCAACUCACUGUAUGAGUGACUCAAUGU